AUUUUUAAGGUGAAUCCAAAAAAAUUAAUAAAGUCAAGAGCAGGGUUACUUUCACAACGGGCACUGCUCUGUGAUACCUCCAAGCUUGAUCGUGAGAAAGAUUAUUUUAGUUAGUUCUUGCUAUGUACAGAUUUAAAGGUAUUACCUUUUCCAUACCUUGCAAAUGCUUUAAUUUUACCGAUUUGAAUUAAGAGUGGAAAAUCAGUGAAACAAGAGGAUGAGACCUCGGAGUGCAGAAUGAAUGUCUUUUCACCACCCAGGAAAAGUCAGCACUGCUGAGAGGGAGACGUAGCGUGGAUCCGUAUAACAUUUAAAGUCAAUGAUAAUCUGGGUGAAAGGAUCAUGCAGGAUUACGAGCGUUUGCCCUUUUGCUUAGCCCACAGAUCUGCCGCGGACGCCGUCGCAGACAUGCUGAGGAGCGCUCUGCUGGUCGCGGCGCUCUGGCUCCUGCGCGCGCAGCCCUUUCCGUGCCCACCCUCCUGCAGGUGCGCCUUCCGCGACGCCGCGCACUGCUCGCGCGGCACGGUGGCCGGCAUCGCCGCGCUCGGCCUGCCCACCAACCUCACGCAUAUCUUGCUCUUCCAAAUGGGCCGCGGCACCUUGCAGAACAACAGCUUCAGUGGCAUGACCGUCCUGCAGCGCCUGUUGCUGUCUGACAGCCACAUUUCCGCCAUUGCCCCGGGUACAUUCAACGACCCGAUAAAACUUAAAACCCUGAGGUUAUCGCGCAACAAGAUCACUCAUCUCCCAGGCGCACUGUUGGAUAACCUGGUGCUCCUGGAACAGUUGUUUCUGGACGGCAAUGAACUAAAGAGCCUUGACCAAAACCUGUUUCAGAAACUGGUUCACCUGCAGGAGCUCUUUCUGAACCAAAACCAACUCGCUUUCCUGCCUGCUAGCCUCCUCACACACCUGGGGAACCUGAAACUGUUGGAUUUAUCGGGAAACAAUUUGACCCACCUGCCCGAGGGGUUGUUUGGGGUUCAGGUUAAGCUGGAGAAGCUUCUGCUCCACUCGAACCGGCUGGUCUCUUUGGGGUCGGGGCUGUUGGACAGCCUGCGCGCCCUGAAGGAGCUGCAGCUCCACACCAAUCACCUCCGUUCCAUCGUCCCCGGCGCCUUCGACCGGCUGCGAAGCCUGAGCUCCUUGACCCUUGCCGGAAACCGCCUCGAGUUUCUGCCCUCCGCCCUCUUUCUUCAUUCGCACAAUCUGACCUUCCUGACCCUGUUCGAGAACCCGCUGGAGGAACUCCCCAAGGUGCUCUUCGGGGAGAUAGGCGGCCUGCGGGAGCUGAGGCUGACAGGCACCCAGCUGCGCACCCUGCCCGCCGCCGCCUUCCGCAACCUCACCGGCCUGCGCGUCCUGGAGGUGUCGCUGAGCCCGAGGCUGAGCGCGCUCCCGGAGGACGCCUUCCGAGGCCUCGGAGAGCUGCAGGUGCUCGCCCUGCGUUCCACAGCCCUGGCCUCGCUCCCCGCCGGCCUGCUCCGCGGCCUCGGCCGGCUCCGCCACGUGUGGCUGCGCAGCAACCGGCUGCGCGCCGUGCCCAGCGCCCUUUUCCGCAACCUCAGCAGCCUGGAGGAGGUCCAGCUCGACCACAACCAGCUGGAGACCCUGCCGGGCGACGCGUUUGAGGCUCUGCCCCGGCUGGCGGCGGUCCUGCUGGGACACAAUCCCUGGCGCUGCGACUGUGGCCUGGGGCCGUUCCUGGCGUGGCUGCGGCGGCACGCGGACCUCGUGGGUCGAGCCGAGCCCCCGCAGUGUCACGGGCCCGGGCCGCACGCCGGCCGACUGCUCUGGACCCUGCAGGCCGGCGACCUCGGCUGCCCGCGCCCCGGGAGCCCGCCUCCCAGCCGCCUGGCCGGGGGCUACUCCGAAGGCCCCCCGCAGCCCACCCUGCCCGCCGCCCCUGCCCGCGCUAACUUGGGACCCAAGCGCUCCGAGUCGUGGACCCGGCAGGUGGCUGAGGACCAAAGUCAGGACCAUAGCCUGUUCUGGGGUCUUUAUUUUCUGCUUUUAGCCGCUCAGGCCCUAAUUACCGGGAUUAUUGUGUUUGCGAUGAUUAAACUCGGCAGGCUCUUUCGGAAAUUAAUCACAGAGCUCUGGUUCGAGGCGAUGAGAAAACCUUGCAAUUAAUUAAAACGUGACCGGAGUAUUGUCAGACGCGGCUCCGGGGAGAGUCCAGACCAGCUGACGCUAUCUUCCUCUCCCUUCUUCCUCCUCUGCCAUCCCCUUCCCUCCCUCUCUCCUCCCCGCUCAGUGACACCUCUCCCUCUGAGCCCCCCUACCAUUUACAGUGGUAAACCCUGACUGUCUGUUGUACCUGCCUUCCCAUCCGCAGCGUGCUCCUGGCAGCGCGGACCGCGACGGCCCCUCCCUGUGCCCACAGGGGGUCUCUCCAGUAUGAACUGAGGGAGGGUGCAAAGAAGACAGCCAACUCAGGCCAGGGCCUGCCUCCUGCAGCUGGUAGAUGGCUGCAAAUGUUAAAAUGAAUAAAUAGAAUGCGUGGGAUCCGGCGAUGGUAGCUUUUCCUAGGGGAGAAGAUGGGUUGCUCUCUUUCCCUUUAUCUGAAGAGCAGAACUCUUUCACAGUUCUUUUCGUCCCGUUUUUUCUCACUCUACGUAUGUCUGACCUGUGGGAUUUGGGAGAAAGCGCUGAUCUCCAUCCACCCAAGAGUGUAGACAGGCUUGUGUGGCUGACGAAGGGCUGAGAGAGACAACCCAGCCCUCCC